AAAUACAGUGUCGUUAGAACGACGUCAACGUUGAGUCGCUGAUGCAGAUGUCAACUGCUGAUUUGAUAUUCACAGCGAAAUUACUCACAAUUUAUACACAUACCUAGCUAUCUAGGUAGUGCGCCACACAUUCCCUUUUCCUAUCUAUGGAGUUUUUGCAGUUUCUAUCAUGGGCGUGCAUCGUAUUUACAGUCGGGAUGUUCUCGACUGGACUGACGGACCUGAAGAAGAUGAGAGCUUCCAAAAGUGCAGAUAACGUCCAGUUCCUCCCCUUCCUCACCACAUGCCUCAAUAACCUGGGCUGGCUGUAUUAUGGGAUACUGAAGACGGAUGGGACUCUGGUCCUGGUUAACACCAUAGGAGCCUGUCUACAGUCCCUCUACAUCCUCUGCUACUGCCACUACACCAAUGACAAGAGGCGAGUGACCUCUCAGACGUUACUAGCAGGAGGAGUGGUCUGUGGAGGCUGGCUGUACUUCAGUGUUGUCCUGCCUCAGGGAGAGUCUCAGCUGGCCCAGCUAGGUCUCACCUGCAGCCUGUUCACUAUCAGCAUGUACCUGAGUCCACUCGCUGACCUGAUGGAGAUAGUGCGUACUGGUAGUGUGGAGCGUUUGUCCUUCUCUUUGACUGUAGCUACCUUCCUCACCUCAACAUCCUGGACGCUCUAUGGACUACAGCUGCAAGACUACUAUAUCAUGGUUCCAAACACGCCAGGCAUUGUGACCAGUCUCAUCCGGUUCUUCCUGUUCUGGAGAUUUGCAUCUGUCAAUCAAGGCGUGCCAUCCUAUAAGCUCAUCGAAAUCUAAGUGGCUGGAGACUCACACCAAUGGUUACAAGGGAGAGAGAUAACAGGCUUCUUGACCCUAUCAUGGUCAGGCUGUCAAUCACUGAUAUUGUUACUCAUAUUGUAAAUGAUUCAUGAUCACUCCUACCCACCAAGGGUUUAAGAAGACUUUCUCAAGGCAGAAGCUGUCCCUAAUCACAGAUCUAGGAUCAGAGUACCCUAGCAAUGGGGGAUGAAAAAUGAUGAAUAAAUAUCUGACCCUGUAUCAGUGGUUAGGGGCAUCUUCCUCAUCCUUCUCCCUCCACCACUUCCUUUUUGUGCCUUCUGUACUGGUCUGGGACAUCAUUACUGAGAACUCAAACAUGGGCGGGACAGUCCUGCCCUGUCAAUCACAGUAGUCUCUGUUAUCCAGUGGAAGGUUUUUUGCUCAGCAUCAAUGCGCUGCUAUUGGUUGAAUCGCUCUAACUAACAGGGCAGGAUGAUCCCGCCUCUAGUGGGGUUUGUGACCCCCUCACCUUUAUAGUUGACUUGUCUGUCCUCAUCACUAUGGUACCCUGUGAACUAGGGGGGAACAACUGUUCCUGGUAGCCACAGUAUCUGCUGGGUUGUUGUCCUUCUCUUUUAACUAGACUGAUGUACAGUGCAUUUGGAAAGUUUUCAGACUCCUCAAGUUUUUCCACAUUUUGUUACGUUACAGCCUUAUUCUAAAAUGGAUUAAAUAGUUU